AUGUCUUUUCUUUCUAUUUUUUAUUGGUGUCCUUUCUUUCACUUUCUUUGUUCCUUUCUAGAUAUUUUUCCUUUUCUUUUUCUUUCUGCAUUUCGAGAUACUUUUUGCUUUUUUCCUUUUCUUGUAUUUUUUUUCUUUACUUCUUCGCUUCUCGCCUUUUUUUCAUUCUUUUCGUAUCUCAUUUUCUUAUUACUACACUUUGUUCACACAAUCCGAUUCCUUCUUUAUUUAAUUCUGUUAUUCUCCUAUUUGUUUCUACACCUCUUUUUAUUUGACUAUCAAUUUUCACUCUCUUCCCUAACUCUUCCUCGCUUUCUUUCUUUCUUUCUUUCUUUCUUUCUUUCUUUCUUUCUUUCUGUCCUUUUCCCUUCUCAUACUCUCAUUCUCAUUUUUCAUUUAUCCCCCACUCCAUCUUUCUUUUUUUAUCGUUCUUUCUUUGUUCCUCUUUCUCAUUCUUUCACCUCUGCUCUCCUACAUUUCUUUUGUUUCUUCUUCUCUCUCUCUCUCUCCCUUCUCUCUCUCCCUUCUCUCUCUCUCUCUCUCUCUCUCUCUCUGUUCUUCUUUCUCAUCCUCCAUUUUCUCCAAGUUGAACUGUUUUACGCGGAGGGUCAAAGACUCUGCGGACGGCCUGAAGAAAAUAAGAAACAUCAGAAAAAAAAGGACGAUCCGAACGGAGGCGUGAAAGGAGAAGGCUUAAGAAUUGGGGUGACUGAGGUCAGGGUUCAGUGGAAGGGAUUGGGAACAGGAUGGUAUGUCGUUAUCAACAUACAGGAGGUCAGUGGUUGGCUGCAGGCAUAA